GAACUCACAGCGCUACGCUCGCACGCGUCAUGCGCAUGCAUUGGAAUUGGUUCACGACUCUUGCUUACAGCUAUCGCCCAUCCAGAAACUCGCCAUUGGCAGCCUGUCUGCCCUGAACCCUUUUCACGAACAACGUCAUUUAUCCGAUCCGGCGUUGAGCCACCUAACACCAUCUUGAUGCGCUUGAUCAGACAUCUGCGAGAAGAGGUAUCGGGCGGGGCUGGGCCCUGCAGGCCUUGCAGCCAUGGCGUCCAACAACUAUGAUCCGUACAACUACUCGUACCAGCAGAUUCCUGCGCAGCAAUACUCUGGAAAUCAAACCGCGCCGGUCACCAACAACGUCCCCCAGUCAUCGCGUCAGUACAAAUCGACACCUGCCACCUCGCAAGCAUCAGACUAUAUGUCUUACCAAGCGCAAUCGUACAAUGACCAAGGCUGUGGAUAUGGUGGGGCUCAGGACAACAAUUGGGGCGGCAGUAGCUACGGGGGCAAUCGGGAAACAACGAGUCGAGCUGCAGAGGUUCUGCGCAACAUGAGCAACACGGCAUACACGCCAAGCAACGCGACGCCUGCGAGCCAGGCGGCUUUCACCGGUACAAUCGCUCCCACUUACCGCUACUCGAGCAACUUCCCUCAAGGUCACUCACACCAGCUUUCCAGAACCCACGCCGUAUCGUCUACUAUCGGACAAUCGCAAGCGCGGCCUCGUAGCGUAAAUGCUAACCGUGGCUGUACCACUACACCUCGAGGACUUUCUUCCCCAGCACUGGCCGCUGGAUAUCCCUCCCAACGGGCGUCAACUGCGUUUAAUCAGCAGCCACAACGCUCUGCAUCCCCGGCGCAACAUCCCGCGACCUCAGCGAGGGGCCCGACAAUAUCUACAGCCUCACAAUACAACAAUUGUAGUAAUCGGCAGUUCCCCUCGAUCAACGCCACGCGCAGCGGCACAGCAGCGGCAUCCUCAUACAACUAUGGUGAUACUCAUGCGCCAACGUCAACCUUUCAAUCACCUGCGAACAACGCUGCGGAUUCGUACAAUCAAGGCGCGAUUACGGUGGACCCAAUGGCAGUCUACGAUCCAUGGCCUGAGUACCAAAGAAAGCAAGAAGCAGUUCGUGCACAAAAAGCUGUAGAAGACGCCGCACGGGGGGAGGCAGAGCGAAUUGCUGAAGAAGCGCGCAAAGAUGAGAGAAGGAAGAAAGAAGAAGAAGAGCGGAGGCAGCAGGAAGAAGAGGAGAGAUCACGACAGGCAAAGCAGAGCAAGCCGGAACAAAAGAGUCACAAGUCUCAACAACCCGCUGAGGCCGGCUCUGGCACUUCCGCUGGCGGUGCAGAGGAGGGUCCCACGAGUGCUGAUAUGGAGGACGAGAUUCGAGCUCUGAUGGCCAAGAUGAGAGAAUUCAACUCAAAAGACCCCGUUAUGCUUGCGCGCAUCUGGGAAGAGGAGAGGCGUGCGAAAGCACCGAAGUCGCCACUUGCACCCGCCAGAACAGUACCACCAGCCACGCCUGUACCUCAUCCAGCUCAGACAAGCGCUCCUCAGGUGGCCAAUCAAAGAAAGAAAGUCUCCGCUGCGAGAGAAUCUUCCGCAGCGGCCGUCGCGACGCCAGCAAUUCCCAUUGCAAUGCAACACGCAGCCAGACUACCUGUUCCCGCUGCAACUGCAUCAACACGAGCUGGUGGUCACACUAUCUGGCCUUCAGAGAAGAAGACAACUCUGGCAUCCGCGGCAGCGGCUUAUCUGAACGGUCAGAACCCACAAAUGCCCGUCUAUGCUGAUCAGAUCCUCGAUGUACUUGACGGGAAUCCAUCGUAUGUUGCUCUUUGCGAGCACUUGGAAAACAUGGGCAUCAAGCUGGAUCGAGCUGCUUUUGCGAGGAGCCUACUCGCCGCUGUACCGGACAUCAACUCUAAGUCACAAGGCAAAACUGCGCAUGUUCCCAACAGUGGAGCAGUUGCUCCAUGUGUGCCCGUCGCGCCCACAGCUGUUACGGAACAAGACAUUGGUAGUCCCGCAACCCCAAUCACUCACUAUCCUUCUGCGGCACCAUCUCCUGCAUACCCAGCUUUUCCGGACUCACAUACGCCUACGGCUCCAAAAUCUGCCCCUGUCGCAGAGAUGGUGCCCACCAACCCAGAGCUGAAACGACCUGCCAACAAAGAAGAAGCUGCAAGAAAGCGCGAUUUUAGUGAUCUCAUCGAUUUGACGCAGGCAGAUGAAGAUGAGAUCGAACCCCUUCCGAAGAGAACGCACGUUGCUGCGAUGUCGUCAUUCACCCCUUUUGGACAUACUCCUCCCGAUUACAUGUAUUUGGACGAAGGUUUUCAUCUUCGUCCUUCAGCUCAUAACAGUCUCCAACCUGCAAUCCACCAACCCGUCCCUCCGGCAUCGCACGCUCUUGAUCUGCGGCAUGCUGCUAUCGUAGAGCCGCUCGAUCGCAAGAAGGCCUUGCGUCGCAAUACCUACAAUAUUAAAACCAUCGCGCGCGAUGUUUUAUUGGCUUGCGGCAGACAUCCUGAACAGCGGCAGCUGAACCAGCAUUUGGAGGUAUUGAGGGCUACAUUGCCCCAAAUACAGCAAGAUGCGGAUCUGAGUACACUGCGGUGGGAUCUUAUCGAUCCAGGAAAACCACCGCGAGGUUAUUUCAGAGACGGUACUCAAAGAUUUGCCGAAGAUGCCGACGAUGAGGACGACUCACAUGCAGAGGGAGACCACAAACGACGAGGGCUGUUCCUGCAGUCAAGUGAGAGCACGAAUCACCAGAAGGUCCAAGCGCCCCCGCUCGCUGAAGCGGUCAAUCCAUUCAAACAGAAGAGACGCAUAGGUCGCCCGCCGCGCAACUCGUUCGGACCCGACCAGACGACCAAACCUUCUACUCCGGCGCGGCCGGCACCGAAGAUGAGUAGUGCAAGCGCACCGCGCGCGGGCUCUGCGGGAGUCGGCUACUCUGCGUUCCGAUCCGCGACACAGUAUGACGCCAAUGGCAACCCGAUGCCGAAGAAACGAGGUCGCCCUGUUGGCUGGCGCAAGAACAUACAUGGCUCUGCGCAAGCGCAAGCUCAUACUAGCGCAAACGGAUCUUCUUGUCCUCGCCAGCCUCAAUUCAAGCCCGCAGAGCCGAGCGGACUGCGUAACUCUACACUGAGAGACAAUGGUACCGAACCUAUUCGGAUCGACUCCCGCUCGUCCAGCGCCCCAAACAAGACCAAUCGAUAUCAGUCAUUCAAGUGCAAGUGGCAAGGUUGCAAAGCGGAGCUACACAACCUCGACACACUGAAGAAGCACGUCUCCAAAGUGCAUCGAAACUCCAUCAAUACCAGCGGCUUCAUCGAGUGCCACUGGGCCGACUGCGCAUCGGAGGUGACGAACCAGGAUGCUAUGACUGGCAUGCGCUUUGAGCAGCACAAAACCAAGUCGUUCACGACGAUUGCCAACUGGAUGCAACACUUGGAGCAGCUGCACUUCAGCCCCCUUUCCUGGGAGCUGGGUGAUGGACCGGCAGGCGGGGUUUCAGAUGCGGCUGAUUCCGAAGCAUAUCUCAGUGAUGCUCAUGGACUUCGUGUAACUCCGAAGCUCACGCCUCGCCCAGAGUAUCUCGAGAGUAGUCGCAUCAACACUCCCGAUCGAUGUGGUGCUCCAGAGCCUUCAGCCCCCCGUGGUCGCGGACGCCCGCCAAAACACGAUGUACAACAGGAGGUUAUGGCUGUACAAAAGCGUUUGGUUGCGCAAAAGAAACGCAUCGGCGGACCAGGAAUGGACCGUGGAGGUGCGACACUUGUUAACGAGAAACGCCGCAAAGGCUUCGUCGAGAAUGACGACGAUGAAGAGGAGCUCGUUGAUGCGGAGGACGAGAUGCGGCGGGAAUGA